GGCGGAAUAAUCGGCUACGCACGCACAGGCUCCAUCCCCUCCAUCGCAGCAGGUCUGUCCGUCGGAGCGCUCUACCUACUUGCCUUGCUCCGUCUGCGUAAUGGCCAGAGUUACGGCGAGGAGAUCGGAUUGCUCGCCUCGGCGAUUUUGGGCGGGAGUUCGAUCCCGAGAGUUAUUAAGACGAGGGGAAAGCCUGUGCCGAUGGGGUUGAGUAUUUUGGCUACGUAUGGAUUGGUGGUUUUUGGGUUGGCGUGGAGGGAUAAGAGGGCUGGGGUGGUGGGGAGAGUUUAG